AGAAAAAGUGAAAAGAAAAGUAGAAAACUACUUCAGGGUUUAGUCGAUAAACCUUGAAACGCAGGGCGUGGUGCGUUUAAGUGUCUCAGUUUUCUCUUCUAUCCCCCUUCCCAGUUCCCACUGCCACUCUUCAUCUUUCUAUCUAUCAACACCCCUCGCACACACGCCGCCGGCAAUCCACCACCACCGCCGCCGCGCCACCGUGCUCUGUCUUGUUAUCAGUCUCCGUCAAGAUGCUUCGUAGAAACAUCCGUUUGAGGAGAGAGUAUCUAUACAGAAAGAGUUUGGAAGGCAAAGAGCGCUUGCUCUACGAGAAGAAGCGGAAGAUCAGAGAAGCGCUUCAAGAAGGGAAGGCCAUUCCUACUGAGCUUAGAAACGAGGAGGCUGCGCUUCGUCGCGAAAUCGAUCUCGAGGAUGAGAACACAGCUGUCCCAAGAACACACAUUGAUGAUGAGUAUGCAAAUGCUGCGGAGAAAGAUCCUAAAAUUUUGCUGACCACAUCCAGGGAUCCAAGUGCUCCUCUUCAACAGUUUGUGAAGGAACUGAAAUUUGUCUUUCCCAAUGCUAAUAGAAUGAAUCGUGGUGGUCAGGUUAUCUCAGAUAUAAUAGAAACUUGCCGAUCUCACGACUAUACUGAUGUUAUCCUGGUUCAUGAACAUCGUGGUGUGCCAGAUGGUUUAAUUGUUUGCCAUCUACCAUUUGGUCCAACUGCAUAUUUCGGAUUACUCAAUGUGGUUACAAGGCAUGAAAUUAAAGACAGGAAAGCCAUGGGAACCAUGCCUGAGGCUUAUCCACAUGUGAUACUUGAAAAUUUCUCAACUAAGUUAGGUGAAAGGACUGCCAACAUUCUAAAGCACCUGUUUCCGGUGCCAAAACCAGACACUAAACGUAUUGUCACUUUGGCCAACCAGUCCGACUAUAUCUCGUUCAGGCAUCAUAUAUAUGAAAAGCCCGGGGGUCCUAAAUCUAUAGAAUUGAAGGAAAUUGGUCCACGGUUCGAGUUGCGAUUAUAUCAGAUAAAGUUAGGAACAGUGGAUCAAGCUGAAGCUCAAACAGAAUGGGUCAUUAGACCUUUCAUGAACACGUCUAAAAAGCGUAAAUUUCUCAGUGAUUGAUGCAGACAUAACAAUAUUGUUAUAGUGGGUGUUUUAUACUGGACAGCCAUAUUAUUAGAACUCUCUGAGCUCACAUUUCACUCUGCCUUUUAAGGACAUACUCAGUAGUUUAGGUGGAAAAAGAAGCUAAAGAUUUUUAUUGACAUUUGUUUAACACUUUGGCGCUAGAAAAUUAUGAGAAUGGAAAUUGAACUGUACUUCUUGCUUAGUUUUAGACGGAAUUAUUUGUAAGAAUCUAAUUUUUAUACUUCUGUUAGGUCAUUGAUUUUUUUCUUUGGUCCAAGGUCCUUUAUUGAGUUUGAUAUCA